AUGAUCCAGUCCAUGUCUCCUCUCAGCCCAUUAGGUGUCGAGGCAGCGCUCGAGUACCACGAUUCCCCCGCCACUGCCCCUAAACCCGCUCCCAAAAUCUUCGAAGAGUUCGCUCUCCACGACCGUGUUGCUCUUGUCUCUGGUGCCAACGCUGGUCUCGGUCUCGAGAUGGCCAUGGCACUCUCAGAGGCCGGCUGUCGCGCGGUCUACUGUGUUGAUAUUGCCGAGGGCCCCAGCGACGAGUUCAGCGCUGUGCAGGAGUAUCUCACGAAGAUGGAGGGCCCGCCGAGGAGAUUGGAGUACGUGCAGGGUAGCGUCACGGAUCAGGCCAGGAUGUGGGAAAUUGGGAGGAUGAUUGGGGAUAAGGAGGGGCGCUUCGACGUUUGUGUUGCUGCUGCCGGCAUCUUGAAGGAGAACAUGGACUGCUUGACAUACCCCGCAGAUACCUUCAAGCAGGUCCUCGAUGUGAACACGAACGGUGUGCUGUACACCGCUCAGGCGGCCGGGCAACAGAUGGUCCGUUUCGGCACUCCGGGCAGCAUCGUCCUCAUCGCCUCCAUGAGCGGCAGCAUCACUAACAAGGAUCACGCCUGGGUCUCCUAUAACACCUCCAAGUCUGCCGUCCUUCAAAUGGGUCGCAGCAUGGCUUGCGAGCUCGGCGAGUCCAAGAUCCGCGUCAACACCCUCUCCCCGGGCCACAUCUAUACCAAAUUGACUUCGAAGUACCUUGACGGUCAGCCUCAGCUGCUCAAGAAGUGGUCCGACCUCAACCCUCUUCACCGCUUGGGUCGUGCCGACGAGAUGCGUGGCGUUGUGACCUGGCUCGCUUCCGACGCGUCGUCGUACUGCACUGGUAGCGACAUCCUCGUCUGCGGUGGCCACCACUCGUGGUAA